CAGAACCCCCCCCCUCCCGGGUCGAUGACACCUUCAAAGACGGCCCACCGAGCGUCAGACGGAGACAUCAGCAGCUCGCAGUCGGACUCCACACCGCAGCAUCUCAUCCAGCAGAUCAGUUCCUCAACCGCUGCCAUGGCAACCGCAAGCACCUCCGGACAGAGCGCCUUCGGACUCGGCAGGAAGAAGAAGAACCCGGGUCUGAUGGACCAGAUUAGCACCUUCUUCGGAGGAGACAAGAAGAAGAGGAGCAAGGGGUCAUUCCGGGGUCACCUGGCCGCCUCCCCCCAGCAGUCCUCCGCCCGCCGCAGGACCACCGAAAACGCUGUGGUGCAAUUCUUCAGGAGCAUCGUUUCCUCUCCUCCUCCUAAGUCCGGGUGGAGGGACGUCCUGGGUUUGGCCUCGUCGUCACCAACCAGCACCAAGUCGCCGCUCCGGAGGCGCCGGGACCAGAGCACACUGUCCCGCCUCUUCAACCUGGGAGACUCCAAGUCCCGCCCCCCCCCCAAACGCUGGAGCACCAUCUUCUGAGCCGUCUGCCGAGGACCCGCCGGGCCCGGAGGAGGAGGAGCCACAGACCGGCCUGCGGAGGAGGACUCGCCGCCUCAGAGACGCUAACCGACUAACUCGCGCUACUCGCCUCCGUCGCCGCCGGAGACGCAACUCUGUA